AUGCCGCCUUCACGUCGCCACCGAGGCCAACCUCACCAUUCAACUCCGCCUUCAGAGGCAGAUGACACAGACAAUGACAUGGACCUCGGAGCUCGCCAAGAGCACACAACCGACGAUGAGGGCGAAGCCGAGGCCGACGACCCAGUAGGCCUGGAUGACGAAGACCACGCUGGUCACGAGGAAGACGAAAAUGAAAACGAAGACGAAGAGGACGAAGAACUUGAAGAUGAAGCGCUUGCUUCGCCCUCUCAAACAACUCCACUCCCCAAUCUGGACCCACCACCGCCAUAUCUCCGUGAAAUCAGCACCUUGGCCUCAUGGACCGUCUCCUCUUCCAAACCAGGCUGCUCAAUACCCCAGCUCCGGCAUGCAAACACAAAUCUCUUCUGGCAAUCCGACGGCCCCCAACCACACUACCUCAACAUCCACUUCUUCAAGCUCGUCCGCAUAGUCGGCCUUCGCCUCUAUCUCGACUUUGAGCAAGAUGAAUCCUACACUCCCACACGCAUCAUCUUCCUCGCCGGCAGCGGCAUGAACGACCUCCAAGAAUGGGGAGAAAUGCGACUUGAAAGCCCCCGAGGCUGGAUCUGGGCCGACUUCUCAGGUGUCGGCGACGUAGACAGCGACGACCAAGGCGACGACCAAGGCGACGACGACAACGACGACAAUGAAGACCAAGCCAACCCUCCUCCCACCACCACAAAUGUUCAACGACACCACCUCCUCACAGACACCACCACCCCAGUCCCAACCCAAACACCCCACCAAGACCUAUCUUCCGACUCGGAAAACGCCGUCCCCUUCCCCCCACCGCACCUCCACACCCCCCUCCCCACCUCCUCCUUCGACCAACCCAACAUCUACACCUCCACCCCCUCCCUCCAUCCAACCUCAACCCCUUCCCUCCACUACCCCCGCGCCCCCUUCACCUCCUUCACCCCCUCCCACCCAAGCUCCUCCUUCCCACGCCGCAUCCCCCCUUCCCGCAGCCCCCGCGCCCCCAAAAUGCCCACCCUACGCUGCCAUCUCCUCCAAGUCAAGAUCCUCGAAAAUCACCAGAAUGGAAAGGAUACCCAUCUGCGUGGCUUGCAGGUUUUUGCAAGGAAUGAUGACGAUAAUGCUGGUGCUGUUGGCGGAAGAGGUGUCGGCGAGAAGAAGGCUCAUAAUGGGGCGGUUGUGGCGACCACGACGACGAGGGAAAGAGGGGACAAGAGUGGUAAUGAUAUCCAAGCAGUAUAG